AUGACGGACCUGACCCUGUGCGUCCACGCGUACUUGGCGACCACCAAAAAUCCUGAUCUGGCUUCUUGUGUCUUGAGUAUAAUUAAUAAAUAUUUCACUACACAAAUCACGUAUGUUGACAUACUAUCUGAUGAGGACAUACUGCGAGAUAUGAAAGAUAAUUUGACGAAUUCUAUUAUAUCACGACAAGUGCACGUCAGUCUUGCGGAGUACAAUGAAAAUUACUUGGUUCACGUCGGCACGGUGGCAGACUUCGUCAAGGAGUUCCCGUGUCUCAUCCACGAGCCAGCGUGGAAACCCACCGUAAAUUUUUUGAUAAUUUUUAACGAAAUUGAAACAGACAUUCGGGAUAUUUUUGAUGUACUCCUUAAGUUGCAUGUCAUCAACGUUCUUGUUGUUCGAGCGACUGAUAUGAAUCUGUACACCUAUAACCCAUUCGAGAACUAUGGCUGUGGAAAACGUUAUGACAGAUUAAUCCAUUAUGGUAAAUGCUCGCAGCCUAACGUCGCAAAUGUUUACCCUGAGAAAGUAACAACUGGUCUUCAGCGCUGCAACUUCAAUGUCGAGACAGUGCACUGGCCACCCUUUUCUAUUAACCCAGCUCAAACAGAGGUUGGUGGCGUGCAAGGAGUCGAGCAGUAUAUUUUGGAAGUUCUCGCUGAGAUCGAACAUUUCAACUAUACUCUCCUAUACACAGACAACGCCGAACGGUUCUCAACUAUUGACAGCAAUAUGUCUGUCGUUGGCCCAUUGAAAGCGUUGCGAGACAACGCCGUGGACAUCAGUAUGGGUGGGAUGCUGCUUUUGGAAGAAAGGGCGGUGGCGUUCGAUGUCCUAUGGUCACAUUUACCAGUAGACGAAGUGAUCAUAUUAGUGAAAAAAGCGGAAAAAAGAUAUACCUGGCGAUACAUUACUAUGGAAUUUCCACCAGUAGUUUGGGUUUUGCUCGUUCUGGUGUUCUUGUUUUACGCGUGGUUCAUGAUAAAAGCAUUCAAAGUUCAGGAUAGGGCUCUGUUGAUCUUGAAUAUGUUCGGAGCUCUACUUCUUCACAGUGUCAGAAUGAGGGACACUGCGGUGACCAAACUCGUGUGGAUAUAUUGGGUUUGGUUUGCUUUCCUGAUCGGCUCGCACUACACCACGAUCUUGACGAGCCUGACGACACAUCCUUUGGAAGCUUACCAGAUUUCCAAUGAGGAGGAUUUGGCCAUUUACAAGUUGAAGUCGUGUGUGAGCCCAAUAAUGCAGGACGUUUCAGCCCAGGGCAAAGAAUUGACUUUCAAGCCUGAAGCUCUGUCGCAUGGAUGCGGGAACCUUUACCAAAGCAUGGAGACGGUCAGCUACUCGGAGACCGCGUUCACCUUCAGUCCCUUCGCAAUCUAUUUAUACUAUAAGAACGAAUUUUGCGAUGCGUCUAGCUGCAGGCUUUAUUAUUUUCAUCGGCCAAUGAAUAAGAUUAUGUACGCCAUGUAUCUGUAUAAAGGUUUCCCGAUGAUGGAAAAGUUACAUAGACACCUAAUGGCGAUGAGAGAAAGUGGUAUAAUCGAUGAAUCAAUGGAUAUCAUUUUUAGAACACGGGAUUUGGGGCAAAAGGGGACUACGCAUGAAUUUAAGUAUAUUGUUUUGGUUCCGUGGCAUUGUUUACUAUUCGGAAUGGCGGUCUCAACUAUCGCGUUUGCGGUGGAAAUAAUUUUGGAGCGGGUAAAUAGAGUUCCAAUGUCGUAA